GGAUUUUUUGACUCACCCUGAAAACCCUGGCAACCGCGUAGCAACACGCCCUAGAGCUUUCCUUGGGCAAGAACUAGACAGAGUUUUGGUAAAGUUUUUCACAGGUUCAAAACCAUCUUCAUGUAGGGGUAACCAGUGAACUCAUGGCUGACAACCUCACUAAUGCAAGCCAGAUGUUGUCCGUGACAGAUAGUUCCCUUCCCCCUACUGCUGUAAUGUAAACAGUCCUGCCACACCCGUGGAAACACUCGAGAGCUCCUGGAAUUCUUGCAGUCAGACGAUGCAUGUGGUCCUGAUCAGUGUGUUUCUGCCCCAGCUCGCAGCCGUUUGAGAACUAAAUGUGCUUCUUUUUGUAAAUACAUGAAGAUUAAAUAUAGCGGGCGACUCUAGCGGUUCACGCUUGCUGUGUUGACUGUAUGGCUCCGAUGUUGUGUAGUUUGGAAAAGUUUCUUUUAAGGAGUUUCUUCUGUGACUGGAAAUUAUGCUAAACUCUGACGGAAAGUGAAACUCGUGAGACCGGCAUCUAUGAAGAGGCUGUAGAUGUGCGUCAUAUUUGGAUUAAACAUCUGGAAAUUGUGAGCCGUUCCUCCCCAUAGCCCUUUACAUGUAAUGAGCAUGGUCAGAGAAGGACUUCGUGUUUCAUAGCAGUGUGCGCCUAUGUGGGAUUCUCCAUUGCGUUUCUACAAGCUCAAGGGCUGAGAUGAAUAAAGUAGCGUCGUGGUCGGAGGAGGAGGUCUCGCUCUGGCUGACCGAUCAGGGCCUGCAGGAAUACUCGGAAGCAUUACGAAACUCCAACGGCCCGGCUUUGUUAAGUCUUACGACGGAUGACUUCAAGAGGUCACCCCUCUCCAGGGUCACAUCAGACGGUGGUUGUCUGCUCCUGGAGAAGAUUGAGACUCUUAAGAUCGAGCAUCAUAUAGACAUUCACAAGAAUGGGCAUGCCAACGGCCACAUGGUGUUGAAUCAUGACGGUAACGCUGGGAGUGCCGGAAAAGCUCAGCACAAUGGCAUGGUGAAUGGCUUUCACAAGGAACCAGUGCAGAUUCCCAUACCAGAGCCGGCUUCUCCGCAGUUCCCUCCCGAAUGGGGAAAGACCGGCGUGGCCCUCGUCUACGCCUUAUGCUGCUUCGUCUUAACCACCGUCAUUAUUUCUGUGGUCCAUGAACGUGUGCCUCCUAAGGAGGCAUCUCCACCACUCCCUGACAAGUUCUUUGACUUUUUUGACCGAGUGGAGUGGGCUUUUACUAUAUGCGAGAUCAACGGAAUGAUUCUGAUGGUCUUGUGGAUUAUACAGUUGAGUCUCUUAAAACACAAAUCAAUUGUUGGUCGACGCUUCUUUUUCAUAGUCGGGACGCUCUACCUCUACAGGUGCAUCACCAUGUACAUAACUACUCUUCCAGUGCCUGGCAUGCACUUCAGAUGCUCUCCAAAGCUGUACGGUGACUGGGAAUCUCAGAUGCGGCGGGUGAUGAAAAUGAUUGCAGGAGGGGGUCUAACCAUCACGGGCUCUCAUAACAUGUGUGGAGACUACUUGUACAGCGGCCACACGGUCAUGCUGACCCUUACUUAUCUCUUCAUGAAGGAGUAUGCUCCUAGAAGGUUUUGGUGGUACCACUGGAGCUGUUGGGCUCUCUGUGCAGUAGGAGUGUUUUGCAUCCUUCUUGCUCAUGACCACUACACGAUUGAUGUUGUUGUGGCCUACUUCAUCACCACACGUCUCUUCUGGUGGUAUCACACAAUGGCCAACCAACAAGCGCUCAAAGAGACUUCUCAGACCAACUUUUUCACCCACGUUUGGUGGUACAGAUUUUUCCGGUACCUGGAAAACAACGUUCCAACUGCCGUCCCCCGCAGCUACCAGAAGCCCUUCUCGUGGCAAUCGCUGCAUUGGGGCCAUGUGAAGUACACACGGAUAGACUCAGACUGACUAAUGUGCAAAGUUAGACAUUGGUCUCCAAAACAUGUGCCCAAAGUGCCAGAGCAAGCCUGAAGUUGUAGCUAAUCCCUUUAACUAACAAAACCAGUCAUCCAAAGCAUCUCAUUUCCGUAUGACGUCCUUGCAGGAUUGGUUUUGGAUGUAAAACAUAGCACAUAUGGAGUUGAGAACAAAAAUGCCUUUGGUCAGUGAUUUUCUUCUCCCCAAUUGUGUUACUGAGCUUGCGUUGGCCCGUGGCAUCAUCCAACAUUGCACCAACAAAAUUCACAAAAGUAAAGCCAGCAAAUUAAAUGCCAAGUUAUUUGUUUUCAAGUUUGCCCCCGUUUACAGGCCUAAAGCCAUCUUUUCCAAGCUAUUUUUGUUAAAUCAAGUAAGCAAUCUGACAAACUAAAUAUUGCAUUUUUCUGUUUGGAAGGAACGAGAAUCAGUUUUGUACAGCCUUACAUUUUUCUAGAUGUCUGCUAAACAAGCUGUCAGAGGAGGUUUAUAUGAAUAUAAUUUUUUAUUUUUUAAGCUAAUUCUUUAUUUCAAGAGCAACAGAUGUCGUUUAUCGUUUUGGAUAAUCUAAUGCUCCUCAGUGCCUUAAUAGUUCAUCGCGAACAGUGUUCUGGCGGUCAACUGUAGUAAUGUAUUUAUGUUCGAAGACAAUUUCAGUGUUUUGGACUUCAUAUUCGGAGUGGUCGUGCAAACUCAUGUACCACAUAUGCUUGAAACAGAACUCACCUCGUCGCUCGAAUGUACCAAUACUGUUAUUUCCAUGACCGUGUCCGCAAAGCUAAUUUCAUGGUCCAUAAGCAUUUCUCCACUGUUGGUUUCGGAAUGUAUUUAUUUAUGUCUUUGUUAUGUUAUAUUUAGUAUUUCUCUCUGGAAUUGUUUCUUUUGGAAUGUUGUUUGUCUCUCAGACAGCUGGUGCUUUAUGGCUCUGAAUGAAAUACAGGUCUCUGGAGGAUUCAGUUCUGGGUUUGACUGACAAGGCGAUGUGAAGCGAUCCAUCCUUUCAACGAGCCAGAACAGAUGAUCUGCCCCAUUGACCAUCCAACACAACAAGCUGCUAUAUUGUGAUGUAAAAGUAGGAGGUGUUCGUCCAAUGAUAAACAAAUAAAUUACAAAAUAUUAGCACAAAACAGCUUUGCUUGCUUAUUUGAUUCUAUUUUUAGUGACAGUAUCUACAGUCAUGUGAAAACGUUAGGACACCCUAU